CUACUUCCGACACUCGUGAUGCCUGAAAACGUCCAAGCCGCCCCUGAAGUCCCUGCCGCCGCGCAGGAAGAAGAUGUUGUUGAGGUGCUCGCCGAGGCAGGGAAGAAGGUCCGGGUCAAGAGAAGGACUCUGUUGCUUAGUCCCGUCAUCAGGCAGAUGUUAGAGGCGCAGGUGGGAGAGGGAGAUGAUCGCAAGCCCAUCGCUGCCGGUCCGAACAUCGAAAUAAAGGCUUCAGCUGCUGCGAUUAAAUGGCUCUUCGGUCUCAUCGAAGGGAAAUCGUUUACCGAGCUGGGAAUCCCCGAAGCCAAGGACCUUGAGAAACCACCACCUACCAAGCCAAUUCAUGACGCGAGAAACCUGGCCGAUGUCUACGAUAUACCGUUUUUCGAUCCGAUCCUGACCGAAGCGAUGUGGAAGCUCGCCUCGAUGGGAACUUAUUACGCCGUCACCGCCCUCGGAGUCGGCUAUAGCAUGGCGAACCAAUCUCUUUGCCGGUUUGCAGUCAGCAACAUGACAGGGUUAGCCAUCCCUCAUAAACUGUCAUACAGUUCUUUCGAUACUAUGGGCAGUGGAGCAGCUCCUGUCUUCCGGGAUGCUUUCGGUAUCCAAUCGAUAGGCGACCAAAGAGAAGCUCUCAAGGACCAGCGAAUCGAGAUCGAUGCUUCUGCGAAGGGCGUUCGAUGGUUAUUCGGGCUUCUGGAGGGAUCUACGUUGGAGGCGCUCGGGGCUGGUCCGGAACAAUUUCGACGAUCGACGGAUUUCGAUCCGCAGCCGGUACACGAAGCAAGAGCUCUCGCCGACCGAUACGAUAUUCCCUCCUUCGACGGUGUCUUGGUUCAGGCUAUGUUGGAAUUAGCACGCUGGGGUAAAAGGUCCGCCGCGACUGCAUUGGGUAUUGCGUAUGCCAUGCACGACCAGGCGCUCUGCGAGUUCGCUGCAUCGCGUUUGGAGCCUCACGAAGAACGUCCGCACACCUUGAGCCAGAAGUUCGCGAACGCUAUCGGACACGGCGCAUCGGGGGCAUUGGCAAUGGCCUACCUGAACCUUAUCCUCCGCAAACUCGCUUCAAACAAGAUGCCAGGUUCCGGUGAAACUCUUCCUCACGACGAAGACUACAUUGAUGUCCGAGUCGAUUCGGGCGAGACCGUACGAGUUCGUCGAAGGACCCUGCUGCUCAGUCCCGUCAUCAGGGACGCCUUCAGUAUUCAGUCCAAGUCGAAUGUGAAAUCCCUCUCGGCCGGAUCUAAGGCUCAAGAGGAAUCCACUUCGUCCACCGAUGCUCCGAUCGAAUUGGGAGGCAGUGCAGACGCUCUCAACUGGCUGAUUGGCCUCUUGGAAGCGACGCCACUCAAAGAACUCGGGAUGUCAGCGGAAGAUGCUAUUUCCGCUCCACCCUCAAUUCGUCCGUUGCAGGAGGCGAUCGAGCUCGCCGACAAACUCGAUAUUCCCUUCUACAAGAAUCUGGUUCUACAAGCCAUGUACUCCUUAGCCAAACAGGGCAAGUACCAGGCUAUCAGCGCCUACAACAUCGGCUGUGCCUUAGGAGAUAUCGAUCUGGCCCGCUCCGCGGUAGUCGCGAUGGUCGGCUUGCCAACACCUCUCGAAUUUUCCCGUACGGAAUUACAGGACAUGAAUACGGCUACUGUAACCGAGGGCACUGGGAUGGAACUCAAGCCCAGUGGCAUGAAUUGGCCACCCAGAUCAAGUUCGAAGAUCGACCUUGAUCUGGUUCGUUCGCCCGUCUGGGCCGAAGCGGCGCGUCAAGGGGUCAAAUACGGAUAUGAUAGGGAAGGACUGCGCUGCUGUUCAAUUUCCUACUAG